AUGUGUAGCGGUGAGUAGCUUCUGGCCACAUCUCUAUUGGACUUAUUUUCAGAAAGGAUGAAUCGGCUUUGUGAUUUGAUCGACAGAAAGAUUGAUGACGGAACUUUUGUGCCGAUGGUCAAUGCGGCGCAUUCCUCAAUGCGUCAAAUAGGGAAAGUAAGUAUUUGAUUCGAAAGUUCAUUGGCCGGAAACGCAGGAAAUCGAAAUCUAACUAGAUCAGGACCGAUGACAAACAAUAGAUGAAGAAGAAGGAAAAAUGAGCCUAGUUCUGCUCGAAAUGAGAAAAGGCGUCUAAUGGAAAAUGUUGAUGCGGGCGGGAGAAACACGAGCGAAUACUUGGCAUCAAACGGGCUAAUCUUAAAAAUAGAUACGUGCACGAGUAGAAUAUCGAUUAAAUGUUUGUCGGUGAUUUACGAAUUGGCAAGAAAAAAUACUAAACGAGCAGGUGGAAUAUCCAUCGGUUCGUGUAUUGUGUACACCUAGAAAGUAAGCGCUUUCCAGAUCGAAUGUGGCAAAUGGAAAACAGCACAGCUUAAGGCAGCUUUUGUUAGAGAAAUCUAAAGCUUUCCGAAGGAUUUUUAAGGCCUGAACAUUCGACACAGGUGCAAAACUCAAAACACCACACCAAACUUCUCAAUGUCGGAUUUGAGUAUCUUGGGUCCACGUUUUAGAUCAGAUGAUUGACUCUGGAGAUGUAAGAAUAGGAGAAUUCCAAGCUUCUGCAAAAAACGCGGCUUUUUUGGCAUCGAAUCACAGACUAGUUAAUCCGAUCGGUCUGAAAAUGUGGCUCAAGAUACUUCAAUCCAAACCUAGAAAGGAUGUAAUGUUUGGGUCUUAUCGGAAAAUUGGACAUAAAAAAUUAAACGAAUGGAUGCACAUCGCAAGAAAUAAGAAAUUAUAUGACCAAUCAUGCAUGUUUCAGUUUCUCGUUCUAUUUGUCUACUUCAUUUCAACAUUCCUCGCCUUCACAUCGUUCUUCAUCAUCAUUCCAUACGAGCAAUUGUGAGCCGAAGACUUCCACAUUUCCAAGUGUAUAUCUUCUUUUUCAGAUACAAACCAUUAUGGUUCCUCAUUUCGCUAGGCAUUCUUGGCGCGUAUUUCCUUUUUAACAUCCAAUAUCACUACUACAAAGCGAGAACAAUACAACCUGUUCUCAAUCCAGGAGUGAGUUUACUCCGUAUGUAUCUUUUCUUCAUAUUUCUUCGUUUUAGGAGGAAGGCGAUGCCUUUUGUGAGAAAUGCAACUACUGGAAAAGUGAACGAGCUCAUCACUGUUCAGUUUGUGAAAAGUGACUGUUUUUUUACUUUUAAUUUAGCUAUUGGGGAUAAUUAAAGAAAAGCCCUCCAUGUUAUAAACAACCUUAGCAAAGCCCCCACCAGUACAAAAAAGGUGGGGCUUUUUCCUGACGACGGGGGGUCUUUCUUGAACGCUUCUCUUUAACAACCGCCCCCCGCCAGUGCAAAGUGGGGAGUUUUUUGAAUUAUGGGGGGACUAUUUUUUUGAAUUUUCCUGGCUAUUAUGAUUUUGUUUCAGAUGCGUGCUUGGGAUGGAUCAUCAUUGCAUUUGGAUAAAUCAGUGCGUUGGCUCACACAAUCAUCGGCAUUUCUUCCUUUUCAUUGCUAACUUGACACUAGCGGCUGCAACUAUUAUCAUUGCAGGAUUCCCGUCUUUCUGCGAUCACAUUUACAUUGUACGUUUUCCCAUUUAGUCGACUAUUGCUCAAACAUUUGCUACAGGAAACAUCGAAAACGACGUUCUGUACGACUAUUCUGGACAACGCACCACUUCAGGACACUAUUUGCGAGUAUGACGGUGAGUUUGCCUGUCUGAAUAGGAGAACAAACAUUUCGGCUCUAUCUGAGUAAUCAGGGUCCAUAAUAAUGAUCAGGAGCCAAGGUCGACUUACAGGAUCCAAAAUAAUAAACGGGUUCCACGAAUACACAUGUUUAAAAUAUCAAGAAUAGGCAGGUUCCAAAGAAUAUGCAUUUUCAAAAUAUUGAUGUAAAAUAAAUUUUUUCAAAAAUCGUUUCAAUUGGAUACAUUUCAGGCUUUGCGAGAACGUCAGUUGUCUUUUGCUACCUGCUCAGUGGAAUUCUUCUCAUGAUGGUCGGUGGUUUAACGCUCUGGAACGUCUAUCUCAUUUCCAUCGGAUGCACUUACAUCGAUUACUUAGUACAAAGAAAAAAGAACACGCAACUCAUAAAACGUUCUGAAUUUUCAGAGACUAACGGGAUCGAGAAAACGGAUAAAUGCACGAAACAGAUUGAACAAGGGUUUGAAAAGCAACUGGAAGAACUUUUUGGGACUCCGAAGGAACCGGACGUUCUUCCGAUGCGUCAUCAUGCCCACGACGCUCCCACCAGUCACAUACGAGAGCGCACACGGCCGACCGGAUGUUUUUCAAGUCGUUUAA